UAGAAUCAGCGCUCUUCCUUACGCUACGCUGUUAGCGGUUGCCUUGGUUACGGGUUUUGUUUUGUUCUCGUGCCGACUCCAAGGUUGUUAGCUUAGCUAGCGCAGGUCUAUGCUGCAUUUGGUGUAGCGAGAAAAGGAAACUUCAGGUCUCGGAAUGGCGACAACUUUGGAUCUUUCUUUGUUGUGCGAGAGAAAAGACGUUCCUCCGGUGUAUUGAACAACAAAUCUUCAUGGAUCUAAAACCUGAUGAUUGGACACCGUUUGACCUGUGGCGUCACAAACACUCACCUUUUUGCCUGGCUGAGAAAGCCGUGGAGAAUCAAGGCCAUGACCAGACCCAGUUCAGACCUGGCAGCGUUCAGGGAGAUUUUCUCCAAGUCCAACAACAUCGCCAUCAUCACAGGAGCAGGAGUGAGUGCUGAGAGUGGAGUCCCAACUUUCAGAGGAGCAGGAGGCUACUGGAGAAAAUGGCAAUCACAGGAUCUGGCCACUCCGACGGCCUUCGCCCACAAUCCCUCUCGUGUUUGGGAGUUCUACCACUACCGCCGCGAGGUCAUGCUCACCAAGAACCCCAACCCGGCCCACCUGGCCCUCGCAGAGUGCGAGGAACGUCUUGGCAAGCAGGGCCGGAAAGUUACCGUCAUCACGCAGAACAUCGACGAGCUGCACCGCCGCGCUGGGUCCAAAAACCUGCUGGAAAUCCACGGCAGCUUGUUUAAAACCCGCUGCAUGAUGUGCGGUCACGAGGAGGCCAAUUACAAGAGCCCCAUUUGUGCCGCUCUAGAGGGCAGAGGAGCUCCUGACCCAGAAACGCAUGACGCCCAGAUCCCUGUUGAGCAGCUUCCUCGAUGUGAGCACAGGGGCUGUAACGGCCUUCUGAGACCGGCUGUGGUUUGGUUCGGAGAGACCCUGGACUCAGACAUCCUCACUCACGCAGAGAAAGCAUUGGACAGUUGUGACUUAUGUCUCGUGGUGGGCACCUCGUCAGUCGUGUAUCCUGCAGCCAUGUUUGCUCCUCAGGUGGCAGCCAGAGGUGUUCCUGUGGCUGAAUUCAACAUGGAGAACACCCCAGCCACCGAGCGCUUCAAGUUCCACUUUCACGGCCCGUGUGGGACCACCUUACCGCCUGCGCUGGCCCGCCACGAGAGCGAGCCGAACUGAAAACACAGAACUGUAUCGCCAAAAUACUCGGACAUAACGGUGGUGAUGGGAAGAAUCUGGAGCAGGACAAAAAGGGAGUCUUAAUAGCAGAAGCGGUGUGCACACUGAUCAGUGAACUUCACUGUGGAGCGCUGUUUUUAAAAAAAUAUUGUUUUGUAAAGCUGCAUUACACCUCUGCCUUGUCGGCUCUGACUUGUGAAACAGGUUUUUAAGUGGAUUCAAGUCAAAAACCUCAUUCAAGAGCAAUGACUCUUGCUUUUGUGACAGCAGGUGGCAGUGUUUAGCUUGCUGCUGCCUUUUAGAGGUCCGUGUGACUGCUAAACGUGCAGAGACUGUUUUCUGAAUGUUUAGAUUUGGAUUUCCACGUGUCCUGUUUAUUUUUUCUGUAGAGUUACUAAAUGAAGAAUAUUUAAUAAAAAAUUGCUGAACGUC